GGUACGGCCGAUGACGUCAGCAACAAUCGGUGCGGCGCAGGAAGGAGGGCGGGAAAGACGCGGAGCGCCUCACCUGCGAAGCGGAUCUUCACCAGGUCGAGCGGGUGCAGCACCAACGUGGAGAUGACGCCGCCGCUCAGCCCGGCCACCAGGUUCUCGAAGUGCACGUGCCUGAACAGAGACCGCGCUGGUGGGGCCGAACUCGUCGUCGUCGUCGACGCAGACCCCGCCACGGUGCAUGCUCGGCUCUGCGCGCCUGGGACGGCGGCAGCGGGAUUCAUGGGAAAACUCCUAGGAUAUAUUUCGAAUUAAUAACAAUUGCAAUAAAUAAUAAACCCCUACGCAGACCUUAGCCGGUAACGUGAGUCGGCUGAGGUAAACUGCCCUUUGACCUGCGAGGCACUUGCCUCGUCCUAUAGGGGAGCAGCAGCCGGUCCCUCCCCCUGGGCUGCUCCAAUCGGACGGCCGUGCCUCUCUCGGUGGGCGGGUUUACUGCCUUAGUCCGCCCUUGCUCACGUGACCGGGGAGCUGCCGGUUCCUAUUUCAUCCGCCGUUAGUAGACGCUCGUGCCCACAGCGGCUCUCUCGACCCGGAAGUCGUUCCUGGCUUUGCUUGGUUUCUGCCUGGUCCAUGUGGGCUGCCGGAGGGUAGCGGAGAGGACCGUUUCUUCCGCCAUCGCCAUCCCGACGCCCUCAGUCGCCGACGAUGAAGGUGAAGGUGUUGAGCCGGAAUCCGGAUGAUUACGUGCGGGAAACCAAGCAGGACCUUCAGCGAGGUGAGAAGGGGAGUUAUUCGAAAGGGCGGCCGGGUUUGUGUUGAGCGUCGAUUCUUAGGAAGCGAAGUUUGGUUCCCUUUGCGAUGCCGGAGUGGCUUCCAACACCUGAAGGCAACUCCCGAGUCAGGCUGAGUUUUCCUUUUCUCUUUUUUGCAUCGUGCGCCUCUUCAGGCUGGGAGAGAUCUCAGAGUUGUUCUGCACAUGGCAUCUUCCAGAGAGUCAUGGGAACUGUAGCUUGUCCAGGGUGUUGGGCCUUGUAGCGACAAACUGCGGUUCCUAUUCUUUUCUUUCUUCCUUUUUCUUGGGGUGGGUUCUGUACUUUUAAAGUAUGGUUAGUACAUAGCUUUGCACUGUGCCCAUUAUCCAAAAACCACGGCCGAAAUUGGGGAGGGAAUGCUUUUAUACGUGUGAAGUAAAAUUUGGUGAAGAAAAUCUAUGGAGCACUGAGCACAGGGGUCUUUCCUCUCCCUCCCCUUCCUGUGAAUUGGGUUGCAUCUCUUUUGCAGUGAUAAGGCCUGUGCCAUUUGCCCUGGUUGCUGGCACAAUCUGGGGCUUGUGUGACAUUAUGGUAAAUUCUAAUCUCAUUGCGCAGAGCACUUGGAUUAUUGCAAUGCAUUCUGUGUGGGGCUACCCUCCAAGACUUGAAACUGCAACUAGUGAUGCGGCAGCCUGAUAAGUUAACCAGGACAGCUAGAUGUAAACAUGAAACACCAAUCCUAAAAGCAGUGCACUUGACUGCUUAUGUGCUACCAGGCUCAACAACAUCCUGGUACUGGCCUAUGAGGCCUACUCUGCAGGAGUGCCUUUUUCAGUACCAGACAAUUUGAUCCAUAAGAUCAUUGCUGGGGUGCCGGGGGGGGGGGACGGACACCCUUUUCAUGGACCUCUGAAGGGCCUUCUCUAGUGGCAUGCUGAUUUUGGAAAGCCCUCAUCUUGAAGAUCUGUUUGUCCCCCUCCUUGCUUUACAUAAACAGUUGUCCGUUAAAUACAUUUUUGUCUGGUUUUCCUGAACUGAAGUUACUUUGUUUUAAUACUUAAGAGCUGCAGAUGAUUUUUUGGUGUGUUAUAAUGGUUCUGAGGUUUCUGGAUAUUUUGUAUGUUGGUUAUUAUGUUUUAUAUAUGAUUUAUGUUUUAUAUGUUAUUGUAUAUUACUCUAGGUACUCUUGGGAGGAAUGGUGAUUUAGAAAUGUAACUAACAAAAAGAAAUAAGAAAUUUGCUAAAACAUUGGAUUUAAUUCAUGAACAUGUUCUACAUUCUCUGAGCAGUGUGGUGGUUUGCCUGAUUACCAGUUUAUUGAAAUCUCAAUUUACCACAUUAAAUGGAUUGUGUAUGUAGUGACUGAUAGAAACAUAUUUUUAAAAAAAUAUAUUUGAGGGCUGUUUAUAAACAAUGUAUGUUCAUUUAAACAGGAUUCUCAAUUUACUCAAAGCUAGUAAGGCUGAUCCAAACAAAGUAUGAGAACAUUUUUGUUUUCCAGCAUAGUGGUAUCUUUUUAACUAGCUACAUAAAAGGCAAAAGGAAGCUUUAUGACAGUAAUCUUCUCUGUUGUUUUGUAUGUUCAUAUGAUUAUUUGGUUUAUAGUUCCACGGAAUUAUGAUCCUGCAUUACAUCCCUUUGAGGUUCCACGGGAAUAUACUCGGGCACUAAAUGCAACAAAAUUAGACCGUGUUUUUGCAAAGCCUUUUGUUGCAUCAUUAGAUGGCCACAGGGAUGGUGUUAACUGCAUGGCUAAGCAUCCAAACAGCUUGUCUACAGUUUUGUCUGGAGCAUGUGAUGGAGAGGUAUGUAUAAUUGGAUAAAAACAACAAUCAUAAAGUGUCAGAUCAUGUUUUUACUGUGGUUAUUUAAUUCUGCAAGAAAUAGAACCUUGCAUUUCAGUUAUGUGUGCGCCUAGAACUGUGAGCAAGACUGCGCUCUCAGUUUUAGUGCUUAGGUGCUAUGCCCUGAGAAAAGGCCUAUUUAAUGGAAACAAGCUACAGUAUAUUGGAUUAAGGGUAAUAAUAAUAAUAAUUAAUAAUAAUAAUAAUUUAUUAUUUAUACCCUGCCCAUCUGGCUGGGUUUCCCCAGCCACUCUGGGCAGCUUCCAACUGAAUAUUAAAAACAAUACAUCAUUAGACAUUAAAAACUUCCCUACUUCAACUGUUGCUCUUGUUUCCUAGUGUAUGUUCUCCUUCCCUCUUGAGACAAGGUAUUUGGGGAGAAGAGUAGGAAGGAAGCCUGUGACUUCAGGAAGUAAUAAUCCAGUCAUAGCAUGAGAGAUUGGAUAACAGUAACUCGAUUGGUUUCAGUUGGUGUUGCCUGUGGAUAUAGCCAUGGAAGGUGCCUAGUCCUGCAAUCCUAUAUACAGGUACUAGGAAGUAAAUCCCACUGACCUCCAUUGGGACCUGUUCAAAAGCUAAAUUAUAACAUUGUCUUAAAAAUUGAACCACCAAUUAAAAGCUACCAGUUUAACACAAGUCAUUCAAAGCUCCUCUGGCAAAAUUCUCUGUUUUAUUUGUCUGGUUUCUAUCCACAAUUUUUUAACAAUAAUAUUUUUAUUGAUUUUCACAAUUAAACAUUAUCAUCACACAAGUAUAAAAAGAGAAAAUAAACCAAAAAAGAAGAUAAUGAAAAAGAAAAAAAUUCACACCAUAAUAAAUUCAUAUUUUAGGAUUACUUAGAUCCCUCGACUUCCCCCCACUCCCUUCCCUGGUUCUCUUGUAUUCUCUUUAUUUAUGCAUGUCAGUAAUCCACAAUUGAGCAGCUUCCUGUAUUUUGCUGCCUGAAAUAUUGAAAUAAUGUUAUAGUAGGAUCACCAAUUUUACUUAUUCGAUCUGAUCUUAAUGCAAUUUGCCAACAAAUAAGAAGAAAGGGGGCUGGAAACCCUUGCUUACUGGGCGCUGGAUGCUCUCGCGAGAUCAUAUGGAAUCAUCCAAGAUCUCAUGGAGUCAAGAUCUCCAGAGUCCUCAUGUGACUGUCCCAGAGCCCAGCAAGCAAGGUGGAGGGCUUAAAAGCUAUUUCCGUAAAGGGUUUACUGGGCUCUGGAGACUCCCUCAAUAUAUUGUGGGGCCAUCUGAGAUGUUGGGUGGCUGGGGCUGUUCUCGGGCUCAUUCUGACUUUGUAUGAUUUUACCUUUACAUGCAACCCCCAGAAAUACAAACUUCACAUAAGUUGUGAUCACACUGUCCUGAUCUCUAGAUUUCAAAAGGGCAUCGCACCGUUUUGUAAUAUUGUUCCAAAAAACAGUUUUAAUGCUGAAUUGUUCAAUAACAACAUGCUGCUGUUUGUUUCCAAUAGGUUAGAAUUUGGAACUUGAUGAAGCGUGAAUGCACCCGUACAUUGCUGGCACAUGAGGGCUUUGUGAGAGGAAUGUGUACCCGUUUCUGUGGUACAUCUUUCUUCACUGUAAGUAUAAUAUUGGCAAUUAUGGAGAAAUAUUAAAGUGCUUGGUAUACUUCUUUUUCUUUGUUACUUUCCCCCCAUUCUGUUUUCUAAAUAAUAGAAUCAAGUACUUUUUUUUAUAACUCUCGCUUACUACUGCAGCAGCUUAUUUUUUAUCUAGUUCAGGGGCAGGGAAUCUCAGGCUUGGGGCAGUGGGUCAAAUGCAGCCGUCCAGCCCUCUUUCACUGGCCCUUGGGUCUCUCCCCACUCUCCUGAAGUGCUUUGGCCUGGCUGAAAUCUCCUUGAACUGCAAUAAUGCUUUUGCUUGUCUGGAGGUAGAAGUGUUUUCGUAGAAACCUCUUGACUUUUAUGUGAGUGGAAUGCAACCUCUUAUACAAAGGUGAGAGUUAUUUUGCGCAUUUUUGCCUCUGACUUUACCCAAAAAGUUGAGCAUGAGGGAAUGUGAUCCUGCAGACAGAAGAAGGUUUCCCACCUCUUUAGGUUUUACUCUUCCAUACUAAUGCUACUUUCUUGGAGCAUAAAGCAAGCCCAGGGGUAAGCCAAUCCUCCAAACCACUCCUGCUAUUUCAGAAAUUUGCUGCUUUCUUUGAGUUUGAAGAGCAGGCACAAUGUUCAAACAAAUGUGUUCUCUGUUCGAAAAAACUAUAGAUUUACAUAUCCUCUUAUUUAAAUAUCCUCUGUCACUAUUGUAAGUCCAGUCACUCGGUACAAGUAAUUCUUUUGCCUCUAGCAAACAGUUCAAUAAAGUAAUGGAGUCCUUGCAGUGUACUUCAGCAUAAUUAAAUACAAUCCCUCUUUAGUACAAACACGUAUCUGUUGAUGACUAUUGUGAGACUUAAAAUAUUUUUAUGGGUAUUUUUAAAUACCUGUUGUGCAGCCUAAUCCAACUUGUAUUUAGACAAAAGUAAGUCCCAUGGAGUACUUGCAUUGGAUUUGAGUCUUGGGAUAGAUGUGCGGGAAUAUUUGCAACACUGUUAGAGCUAAUAACUCUUCAUCAUUUACUUUUCACAAUUUGCAGUGUUCACUAUGUUAUUCACAGAAAUACAGUUGCUUUCAUAGCCCUUUUCCAUAGAACUUUAAAAAUGUUUAGGCAUGCAGCUGGAAGGACAAUAGAUUUGUCACUCACAAUCAGUGAGUGAGGUCCCAAAUAAGGAGAACUGGCAGUUAAAAAUGAUGAAAUAUGCAGAGUUAGCAGGUCUAACAAGUAAACAUAGCUGUCAACUUUUCCCUUUUCUUGCGAGGAAUCCUAUUCAGAAUAAGCGAACUUCCCUUAAAAAAAGGGAAACAUUGACAGCUAGGCAAGUAAAAUAAGAGAACAAGAAUAUCAAGUAUAUAAAGAGGAAUGGAAAAAUUUUGUGGCGUAUUUGGAUACAACUGUAAACAUGUGCAAACAUUAGUAGGAUUAAGGUAAAUUCAACAAUAUAACACAUAACAAAGGAAUAAUAAAGAAAUAAGGGAGCUAAAUGGAUAUACAAGAAUAGGUGGGGUGGGAAAAUUAAAGGAACGAGGGAAGGGGAAGUUGUAAAUGACUGGGGUGUGGGUGUGUGGGUGUAUCUAUAGCUAUAUCUAUAUGUGAGAAUUUUGUCAUUCAAUCUGAAAGAAAUGCAAUCUGGCACCACAGUUAUAAUCAUCAUCAUCAUCACUUUUAAUUUGUAUACCUUCUUUCUAUUUUACAAUACCCAAGGUGGUUUGCAGGUUGAAGAAACAAAGAAUGUACACCUUAUAACAAUCUAAUCCAAGACAAAAAUGUGAUAAUAAAACAUAACUUGAAAAUAAGCAACCUAUAUCAAAUAAAGUAAUAUUCAACAAUCCAUUAGAAUAGUAUAGAAUAAUAUUAAAUAUCACAUAUAAAAAUUAAACAGAAAUCCACUCUUAACAAUUAUAAUAAAUAAUUUCUGAACUAUAAUCAAUAAAACAAUGGCAAAUCACAGUGCAUAAAAUAAUACAAUACAAACUGAGAAGCAGAGACUGAAGGGUGGGGCAAGGCAGGUGGAAGAAGGCCUUGCCUGAUGAAGUCUCUCCCCUCACAGUUCUUCCUCCAAGAAGUAAAUUUAAGAUUGACUAUGCACACUUGUUACUUUCACAUAAACGUCAGAAGGACUGAAUUGUAACUCUCUUACUUAGAAUACAAUGUUUUCUCCAAAAUCAUUAGGUUGGUGAUGAUAAAACAGUGAAGCACUGGAAAAUGGAGGCACCAGCUUAUGGGGAAGCAGAAGAACCACUAAAUACGAUUCUUGGAAAGGUAUUACUUUAUUCAUUGUCUUGUUUUGCUCUCCUUUUCCUUCUAUGUUUAAAGAUUCAGAUGAAGUUAUUGUUUUACUUGAAUACGAGCAGAAAACUAUUGACCUUGGAUCUGUAGUGUCAAAGAUAAUGUAGGUGUCACUGAAUGCAGUUAUCGGACAAUAUUCCCAUAAGCUGAGUGCCCUUGCAAUGCUGGUACAAAGCCUCUGUAUGAGUUAGUUUAUUUAUUAGAUUUUUAUACUGGCCUUCAACAAAAAUGGUCAUGGGUUGUUUUACAAAAAAAGAGAAAAGAAGCAUAAUGCACCUUAACCAAAAUCAUUAAAAUAAUUAUCAUAAAGUACAUAAUUGGCAUAAAAUACCAUAAAUGUGAGUUAACCCGUCAGCCACUAAAAAUUCAGCAGGAAGAUGGGUUUUUAACCCAAUAUCUGGAAGAAUACUAAGGGUGAGAUUUAGGCACGGAAAGACCACUGAAAAGGCUGCAGGAAGAAUCAGGUUGUAAUUUCCUGCCAUACCUCUUGAGUAUUUGUGUCCUGGGGCAGUAAGUUGUAGAAUUCAGCUGCAUAUAUUCAUGCUAGUGAUAAUUAUCCCCAUUUUCUUAAAGUUCAGCAAAUAGGUGUGAUAUUUCCAUAAUAAAAUUUUCUGGAUAGUGGAUUAAGCUACCAUUUAGCUUUUAAAAAAUAGGUCCACUCAAGUAUAGUGACUUGCUAUGCUGUUGCCUCUUGUGGGAUUGUAUUUGAAAAUGUGAUAAAAAAAGGUUGCAACUUUUGAAGUACUUGUAGAGCUGUACCCAUGGUUAACUGUAAUUUUUUAAAAAAUAGCUAUACUGUACUGUUCUUCCUAACCAAAGUUACUGGAAAUGACUAGCAAAAUGUCUGAAUAAGUAAAACAGACAAUUGAGACCUCAAGGGUCCCUCAUGAGAUUGGGUUUCCUUAUCGAGAUUGCUGCUGUCUCUUGUACCUGCUGGCACUAGAUGCAAGAGGGUGAUGAGGCAAGGGUGUUUACAAGCCUCCACCCUGACUUCAGAUGUUCCAGCUGCUAUUCCGCUGCUGAAUUUCUGGGUCACAGGAGGUUUCAGAAAAAAUAAAUCCUGCUCAGCAAUGGUUGCUGAAGCAGGACUCCCUUUCUCUUACUGUUUUAGAUGUCUCUUGCGGUUCCUGGCAUUGACACUAAGCACAAAACCCUCCGAGUAUAAAACAGCAAUUCAUUGUUGGUACUGUUUUUUAUAUUUGCAUUUUAAAGACUGUGUACACUGGAAUUGAUCACCAUUGGAAGGAUCCUGUUUUUGCUACUUGUGGUCAUCAAGUUGAUAUCUGGGAUGAACAGAGAACCAGUCCUUUAUGCUCUUUGACGUGGGGAGUCGAUAGCAUAAGCAGUGUCAAAUUCAAUCCAAUUGAGGUAACAUUAAUAUAUAUUCCACUGUAAGUACUGUCACUAAAUGUUUUAGUACCAGCAACAUAGUCAGUGUCGCUGUAUAAAAUGCAGUUGUAUAUCCGUUCAGAGGAGUUGGAGGAUAACUUGGGUAGAUAAAGGUAAAGGAAGAUAAUGAGUGAGGAGGGUGAAAAGACGCAUAAAUCACAGGCGACGGCAGACCUUCUUGUCUGUACUUUUUGCAAGUAGAUUUUGAGGAAGGAUUUUGGAAAGGGAGAAAUGGCUUGAUGGGCAGUGAGCAGGUGGGGGUAGAUGUUCACAGAAAAGGCAGCUGCAAAGGGAGCAGAACAGAGUCUUGGGUGAAAAGGUAGAGAUGUUUAAAACUAAAAGUAUUAGAUUUCCCAAUUGUAAAGUAAGAUGGGGUCAUUAACCCUAAAAAGAGCAUCUGUUAACUAUACAUAUCCAAGGAUUGCACUCAUUGCAUACACUGAGCAGUUUUAAGAGAUCCCCUGUCAUUCCUUCCACCCACUCAGACUACUUUUAGAUUCUCCUAGGUUUUAAAAUCAGUUUAAAAGCAUGAGAUCUGGGAAAUGUCUUGAGCUUUAUCCCCUCCACAUUAUCUUCUUUUUUAGCAACAGUAGAUUAAAUAAGAUAGCUUAUGUACUGCCGCUGAAAAUUACACUGUUUAAAAGAUAGGGCUGCUGGUUUAAAUAAGUCCUGUAUAUAUUAUACCUUUUUCAGUUAGCACUUAACAAUUUUGUUUAAGUUUUUUUUUUUUUUUUUUGCUUGAAGAUAUUUACAUGAUAUGCAACUAAUUUUUCAGAUGUACCUUUUGGGAAGCUGUGCUUCGGACAGGAAUAUUGUGCUAUAUGACAUGAGACAAUCAACGGCAUUGAAGAAGGUAAUGCAUAAUCUUUAAGAUCCUGUGACUGAAGUGUCUGUAUGAAUUCCCUGCACACGCCUUUUCAUUUUGGAAGGGAAGUUAUCUAUUAAGUUCCACUGCUAAGGAGCUCCAUAAUUUUCAUAGUUCUCGGUUGGGUGCAAGAUUCUUUUAACAUAGAAUUCUUUGUCAUGUAGCAGAUAGAAAACGUAGCUUUUCUGAGAUCACUUUAGGCCAGCAUUGAGAAGCCUUUGCCCACAAGGCUGUUUCCCCCCACAUCACACCCAAAUAAGGUGUGCAAAUAAGGCAGAUAAAUAUUUGACUACAAAGGAACAGUUGGCAGACUUGAAAUGUGCUCCCAAAUGUUUUUUGGGCAGCGGAGAUUUCCUUUGGAUAAACAGGACUUUUCUAGCUGGAGAAAUGGGUCUUUACCACAAGUCUCCACUUGCUAGGGAUUUAGUCUUGUUUUUAAAAGUAUUUGUUGUUUUUGUGUUUUUAAGUGUUUUAAAUUUUAUGUAAAUUGCCUUGAGGUGGUGGUUUAAAAGGUGAUUCAUAAUUUAAUGAUAGUGCAAAUAAUAAUAAUAAUAAUAAUAAUGUGUGCAUUUUAUAUUUGACACUGGAAUUGGUUCCACUGGGGAGCUCCCACGCACAACCAAUCCCUGCAGAAAGCAGGGCUUGCAGUCAUUGCUGAUCAACUGAUCUGUACUGACGGCAACCCCUACAGUGUUUGGCUGCGCUCCAGAGCUGCCUAUUGGGAAGCUCCGACUGCAUCUUAUCCCUGUUGAAAGCAGAGGAUCAACUAAAGGGAUCUUUCAUAGUAAGCUGGCCUGAGUUCAAGCUGGUCUACUUUCAACGGAUGUCAGGUGAUGCAUGGGUGAGCAACUGCCUAUUAAAAGUGCCCUGUGCAGGGGCGGGGUAGGGGAACACCUGUUGGGCUGUAUCCAGUUCCCCACCCCUGCUUUAGACUACUGUAGGGAGAUAGUGGAGGUAUGAAGAAUGCUUUGAACACAAUACCUACCCUUGGAACUCUUUGCCUGUUGAGAUCAAGCGGGCACCUUCACUGCACUCUUUUCGACGCCUGCUAAAUACAUUCUUGUUUAGACAAGCCUACCCAGAAGCUUAGAAAGUUGAGGUCAUUAUAAUCUGUUUUAGUAUCAUAACUUCUGUAUUUUUUUAAAAAAAGUUUUUCAGUAUUGCUGUAUAUGUUUUUUGAUUUUAUUGUUUUACCUUUUUAUACACCACUUUGAGGUUUUUAUAAUUCAAGUUUGGGGGGGCUGUACACACAUUAAAAUAGUGCAGAUUUGGAAAAGGACAGUACCAUGGGCACCUCUCCAUACACUUAUGUGUCACACUUCCUUAUACUAAUUUCUGUUUCUCUUAGGUUGUGAGUCAGCAAGCUGGAGUCUGACUUUUUUUUUAACCUGUGUAAAAUACUUAGGCUCCCUUUUUCCGAAAUGUCAUUACUGUGGAAAUGGAACAUUUCAAUAAACAACAUUGUCUGUGGAUUAGAAUAGAUCAUACAACACAACUGAAAUUUUGUUUGUGUGGUUCAGUUCGUGGUGUGGUUUGUUCAGUUAUUUGGUAAAUAAAUGGUACAAGAUCAUGCUAUGCAAAUAGUUUCCCCACCGAAAAGGAGAUAUUCGAAGCCUCUUCAAGGUUCAGUAAAGGUGAAAGGUAUUCACUGACUGAGGAUAACAAACUUCCUUCUUUGGCUUACAGUAUCUCCCAGCUGUCGCUACCAUUGCCUUUUAGAGUGGGACUGUACAGCAUAUGGACUGCUAAAGAUUUUUUCAACUAAUCAGCCUUCUGCCAAGUAGGGGUCUGGCUAGAGUAAGUUGUCAGUUUCAUCCCUUCAGCAGAGGAUCAGGGCAGUCUCUUUUCAUUGCCAUCUGGCUUCUUUUCAAGCCUUGUUCAGAGUUUCUGAUCAGCAAAGCAAAUUACUACCAGUAUGUUCCAGGGUCUGCAUUUAAACCAAUUAACAUAAUUUCACAAUAUCUACCCUCUAUACAAGUCUGCCCCAAGUAAAAGAGGAGUGUCCAAGCCUGUAGUUUUCAUUGGUGAACUACAUGUACAUUUCAUUGGUGAACUAUUACCUCAGUAAAGGAAUUGUCAUCAUAUGAGAAAAAAUUAUUGUGCAUUAUAGUUCUCCUGAUAGCUGUAGAAGCCUAGGUGAGUUUGAGAUCAUGGGACCUGUAUUUUUUUUAGUAGUCCUGGCUUUUGUGAACAAGAAUCCAUUGAACAAAUACACUUGAUGAUAUCUUGUCAUGAGUACCUUAUUUUGAAUCUGCAGUUCUUGGGCUGCAUCCUGAGUAGUUUUUUGUUUUGUUUUUUUUACUUGUCAGUUUCUUUACAUACGCUUUGUUUUUGGGAAAUUCUUGAUGCUGACACCAGCAUAUUCUACACCUUGCACAGGCAUGUUGGGAACUUGUGGAACUUGUACCAGUUGUUAAUACAUCUGUAUAACUUCUAGUGGUUAUCUGAAAAAUGUUUGAAAAAUAUUUAAAUUUUCUCAGGUUAUCUUGGAUAUGAGAACAAAUACGCUUUGCUGGAAUCCCAUGGAAGCUUUCAUUUUCACUGCUGCAAAUGAGGACUUCAAGUAAGAAUUAUUGUUGCCUGCCUUGCUCUCUAUUUAGACUUCUGUAGUUAUUCAGAACAUUUGUAAUUUUAAGUUUUGACUUCUGCUUUGUGUAAGGAUAUGAUUUUUAUAGAAGUUACAAGGAGGCUGUUGGAUUUUAACUUUUAUCUGGAAUCGAAAGAGCUACUUAUUUAAAUUGUUUUUACUUGUUGGUUUUUCCAUCUGUGUGGACCUUCAAGAUGUCCAAUAUAUGAUAAUCAAUUUGGCAAUUCCUUCAGGAAACCUCGGAGGAGGACAAUGGAAAAGAAAGCAAAGCAGAAACAAACAAUGCCUGGAUGAAAUACUGGGCUCAUAGAUAAGGAGGGGGUUCAAUAGAUCAUUGCACGUGUAUCAAGUUGAAGCUCACUCAGAGCAGAAUUGGCCUCUAAGGGUAAAAUGUACUCCUGGAGUCCAAUGGGCACCUGCCAUGCUUGCUUUGUAAUUUACCGUAUUUUUUGCUCUAUAAGACUCACUUUUUCCCUCCUAAAAAGUAAGGGGAAUGUGUGCGCGUCUUAUGGAGCGAAUGCAGGCUGCGCAACUAUUCCAGAAGCCAGAACAGCAAGAGGGGUUGCUGCUUUCACUGCGCAGAGAUCCCUCUUGCUGUUCUGGCUUCUGAGAUUCAGAAUAUUUUUUUUUCUUGUUUUCCUCCUCCAAAAACUAGGUGCGUCUUGUGGUCUGGUGCGUCUUAUAGAGCGAAAAAUAUGGUAUUUUUUCAGAGGAGUGUACAAGAAAAAAUAGAAAAAUAGAAAAACUACUCCAAUGCUUUUAAAUUCCUUUAUUAUGACACUUCAUAAUACAGUCAUACUUCAUGUUACGUCUGCUUCAUGUUACGUUCUUUCAGGUUAUGUCCCGCCGCAACCUGGAAGUACCGGAAAUGGUUACUUCCGGGUUUCACCACUCACGCAUGUGCAGAUGCGCAAAAGCGGCGAAUUGCAACCCGCGUGUACGCAGACAUGCCGCUGCGGGUUGUGUUCAUGUUGCGAACGGGCCUCCGAAAUGAAUCCCGUUCACAACCAGUGGUACCACUGUACAAACAAAAUGCUCUAUCAAAGUCAGAUAUGUGGGUACAAAGAUUUUGAAAAUACAUUUGAUUAUGCUAGUAUUCAGCCCCUGGAAAUGAAGCUUUACCUGAGCAAUUGAACAUAAUGGAAUUAAGUGUAAAGUGUUAACUUCCUUUCUCUUGCAGCUUAUAUACUUUUGAUAUGCGAUAUCUUGACAAGCCUGUAGUGGUUCAUAUGGAUCAUGUGUCUGCAGUCCUUGAUGUGGAUUACUCUCCUACUGGGAAAGAAUUUGUGUCUGCCAGCUUUGAUAAAUCUAUUCGCAUUUUUCCAGUAGACAAAGGUCAUAGCAGGUCAGUGAUUUUACAAAUAGGCUUCUCUUGGGACCCCCUCCUCCUUUCCCACCAUUCUUAAUGCUCUCAUAAACUUAUUUAAUGUGUUUAUUAUCUUGAGAAAGGAUAUAUCCUCCUACCAGUAGUUGUUUGUUGCUUGCACUGAAAAAGUAAUAAUUCACAGCUGUUGAAUUUCCAGUUGAAUUGUCCAGUAUUUCAGUACUUCCUAUUCGUUAGAAUGUAUAUUGAAUUUGCAAACCAAAAUUGAUUGGGUUCUAAAUCCUACCUUAGACUAGCCUAAUGACGGGCUCACUCAGUGGGAUUUUUGCUUUUGCAAAUCCACUCUUUCAAGAGUCUUGUGUCAUGUAUAACGGUGAGCUGCUCAAGAAACAAGUCACUUUUCUCUGCGUGGAGUGACCUUAUUUCUUAUGCUAUCUGUCAGAUUCUCCUGUGGGGCUGGGAGAGGUCAACAUCUGACCCACUGGCAGGAUCCACUUCCCUACCCCUACUUAUAUAAAGUAGCUCUGUUUUCCUUCAGAAUAGAGCUUUGCUUCUCAGGAGUUCAAGAUAUUAUAAAAAUACAUAAUUAAAGGAAACAGUUACAGUAUUGACAGACUGUGUUGAGACACAGUAAAGUCAUUCAAACUCAGAAAAUAAUGUGUAUGUGUAUUAGUUGACUUCCAGGAUCCACAUAACCUAAUGAUAUCUUUUUUAAAAACAUGAGUUUUGCAUAGAAGUAAUAUUUUACUUAUCAAAGGCACAUUGCUGAACUUAUUUGUCUAAUCCAGGAGGCCUCUUUCACAGUCCCAAGGGCUCAUAAGCCAUGGCAUAUUUGUGUUCCUAAUUAAGCCCGGAAUGUGAAACUUGAGAAGACAGAAGAAAUAAGAGAUACUCUGUUUAUUAAGUUCAUUAAAAGCCCUUGGCAAAUGAACCAGAUGUUUGUGUGAUUAAAUGAAAGAAUCAAGUUAUUCACCCAUAUGCUAUUGUAUUGCUCUUGUCCUCAGAAGAGUGAUUUUUCAAAACCUGUGACAAGCAAAAGGCACAAAUAAAAUAUUUUUUAAAAAAGAAAGGGUUAGGUGAAAGAAGCAUCUGAAAUUGCAUACAAUUAUUUUCUUCCAGAGAUCAAUAAGGAGAGUAGAGGGCACCAAUAAAGUGGUGUACUUUAUUGGUAAAUACUCUGUAUAAAAUAAAGUACUCUGUUUUAUCAGAAUGUCAUGACUGCUGUUAAAUAUGUCAUGAAGUUAAUGAUCUAACAUGUUAAGGAGUGAUUGGACCAUUCUUUUAAAAACUAAUAAUUUGAGCAAAGGGGAGACUUCCUCUUUAGUUACUCUCUUUUGUCUACAUAAUAUAUGAAAAACAGUUAAUCUCAAUAAAUUGAAUUUGUUGGUUGUUAUCAUACUAUAACCUUAUUUUAUAUGUGCACAGCCCAAGACUCAUGGGGCUCUGGCUUGGUUGUGAGGUCCUCCUGAACUCCUAAACUCAUAUAUAAGCGUGCACAUAUGAACAUACUUCUUUUCAGGCAAACCUCACUGAAAAUAUUGGGUGAGAUUCAGUAUAGCAGAAGAGGGUAUCCACUACAACCCCCUGUGCACCCCCAAAAUCUGCUCUGGUGCUUUGGGAGACUCCUCUUGGGCAGUUUUUUGGGGCAUGCAGGGACUGGAAGGGGAGAAGAGAAACCACAAGUCCAAUUACACAAGCAGAUUUCCAUCAACUAGAGGAUGAAUAUUGUUUGAUGUUGCCCACUGUUUAUAGUUGAAACUAUAAGCACCAAUUAAAAUUAUAUAACACUAUAUGAUAUCAAUCUGUAUAAUAAAAUGGCCAAGACAUACUUCAAAACUGCAUCUCCCUUCACCUCAGAGCAAGAUUGUUUUUUUAGUAGCCCUGUGGUGGCAGUGAAUAAUAAAAUAAAGCUAUGAAUAUGUAUUCAUGAUUGUAAUGUGCUUUGGUUGCAUUCCGAUCUUAAUUGAAAACAAAUUAGACUACUGGGGACAUAAGCAAAGUCUCCAUGUAAGUAGUAAUUAUCAUCUAUAGCUGUUCUAUGUGUUAUGUAUUUAUUUUUAAACAGUAGACUUGAAUGAAGAAAAAAUAUAGGUUACAAUAAAUAAUAUAACCAAAUGAAAAUAAUUGUAAAUUGUACAUAGUUGUUAAAUAAUUACAAGAUGGGUACUCUGCGCCUUUGUAAAUAUUUUAGAGUAUAAUUUAAAUCAGAACGGAGUACUUGCUCUAAUUUAAGGCGUUAUAUCGAAGAGUGAAACUCAUUUUGCGUAACAUUGCUUUUGCAGCUCCUUUUUUCUCUCCCACAAAAAGCUAUUCCUGUGGAUUGAGGGACCCUUUGGAAUAAUGUUGCUGCUGCUUGUUGUUGUUAAUUAUUAUUAUUAUAUUAUUAUUAUUAUUAUUAUUAGAUGACGAUGAUGAUGAUGAUUAUUAUUAUUGAAUUGUCUUACACACGUUUCAAGCCAAUGUGCAAGAUACAAGAAAGGAACUAUUAAAAAACCCCAGUUAAAACCAAAAGAGAAAACACCAGCAGAUAUAUAUUUUAAAAAUACAAAUCAGUUACCUUAGCAGGGACACAUUCAUCCAGCUUGGAAUGCCUGUUGGAGAAAAAAUGUUCACAGUAUCAUCUAGGUUUCAUCAAGAUAGGCUCUGCUGAGUUUUAUCUUUGCUGCCACAAGCCAAACUGGUCAUGUGACUUUCAAUGACAUAUGUUUCAGGGUUUUUUUGCACUUAAGCAGAACUACAACCAAGCAGGUGUUGACUGAGUUUCUGACUGAAUGUCAAAAGCUGAUCUAUAUAACAGCUUCAAUGCCUGGUAUUGCCAACUGCACACCUAGUUAAUGGAAGCUUAGCUGAUAGUUACCCCCCCCCAAAAAAAAAUCAGUUUGGUCUUCCAUGUGCUCAGAGUCAUGAGAACAGGCUAGAAGUUGUUAUUAUUAGCACAGAGGUGAUUCACACGACCACUGUUUAUCUCAUCUGUGUAUUCUGGUAACAGACAUCUUCCUUGAGGUGUUGGGUAAGGGCCCCAGAGAUACCGUAUUUUUCGCUCUGUAGGACGCACUUUUUCCCCUCCAAAAAUUAAGGGGAAAUGUGUGUGCGUCCUAUAGAGCAAAUGCAGGCUGCGCGGCUAAGCCCAAAGCCAGAACAGGGAGACGGAGCGCUGCACAGCGCUCCGUCUUGAUGUUCUAGCUUGGGGUUGCCGUAUUUUUCGCUCCAUUGGACGCACCGGACCAUAGGACGCACCGGAUCAUAGGAGGGGGAGAACAGGGAAAAAGAUUUUUUUUCUUGUUCUCCCCCUCCAAAACAAGGUGCGUUCAAGGUACAUUCACCAGAGCUUUGGGGCUGGCGGUGGGGAAGCGCUGCUUCCCCACCGCCAGCCUCAAAGAUCCCUGAAGCCUUUGGAGCGCAGCGCCCGCUGCCCUGCAGAGGUUUGCGCGCAGCCGUCCCCAAGCUAGAGCAGCGAGUCGGAGCCCUCCCUCUCGCUGUUCUGGCUUGGGAACAGCCUUUCUAGCUUCUGCUGGGCAUCGGGUUGAAUGCUCCCCGCUGCCCUGCAGAGGUUUGCGCGCAGCCCUCCCCAAGCUAGAGCAGACAGUCCUGCAGAAGCUAGCAAGGCUGUUCCUAAGCCAGAACAGCGAGGUGGAGGGCUCCGUCUCGCUGCUCUAGCUUGGGGAGGGCUGCGCGCAAACCUCUGCAGGGCAGCGGGGUGCCUUCACCCCGCUGUCCUGCAGAAGCUAGCAGGCUGUUCCUAAGCCAGAACAGCAAGAUGGAGGGCUCCGUCUCGCUGCUCUAGCUUGGGGAGGGCUGCGCGCAAACCUCUGCAGGGCAGCGGGGUGCCUUCACCCCGCUGUCCUGCAGAAGCUAGCAAGGCUGUUCCCAAGCCAGAACAGCGAAACGGAGCGCUCCGCAGUGCUCCGUCUUCCUGUUCUGGCUUUGGGCUUAGCGGCGCAGCCUGCAUUCGCUCUAUAGGACGCACACACAUUUCCCCUUAGUUUUUGGAGGGGGAAAUGUGCGUCCUAUAGAACGAAAAAUACGGUAGCUGCGCAAAGCCUCCCCAGGGCAGCAGGGUGCCUUCACCCCGCUGUCCUGCAGAAGCUAGCAAGGCUGUUCCCAAGCCAGAACAGCAAGAUGGAGGGCUCCGUCUCGCUGCUCUAGCUUGGGGAGGGCUGCGCGCAAACCUCUGCAGGGCAGCGGGGUGCCUUCACCCCGCUGUCCUGCAGAAGCUAGCAAGGCUGUUCCCAAGCCAGAACAGCGAGACGGAGCGCUCCGCAGUGCUCCGUCUUCCUGUUCUGGCUUUGGGCUUAGCGGCGCAGCCUGCAUUCGCUCUAUAGGACGCACACACAUUUCCCCUUAGUUUUUGGAGGGGGAAAUGUGCGUCCUAUAGAACGAAAAAUACGGUAGCUGCGCAAAGCCUCCCCAGGGCAGCAGGGUGCCUUCACCCCGCUGUCCUGCGGAGGCUACGAAGGCUGUACGAAGGUGGGGGGAAGGCUGCAACGCCAGCCCCGCAAGCUCGGGGGGCAGCGGGAAGGUGCGUGACGCCUUCGCGCUGCUCCCCGACCUGGUCUUUGGGGCUGGCGGUGGGGGAAAGCAGCGCUUCCCCUUGCCAGCCCCAAAGAGCAGGUCAAAAGGAACCCAAAGCCUUCAGAGCCCAACAGGAACUCCUGAUGGGCUCCGGAGGCUUCGGAUGAAUGCACAGAACGCACCUUGUUUUAGAGGGGGAGAACAAGAAAAAAAAUAUUUUUUUCCUGUUCUCCCCCUCCUAUGGUCCGGUGUGUGCAAUAGAGCGAAAAAUAUGGUAAUUAUUUUUGAGUCUUUUGUAUGCAGUUAGUAGUUUCUGAGGAUUUAGGUGGUGCUACAUAUUGUUUAAUUUGUCUGCAAUACACGUUGUAUACCUUAAAAAUAAACUUAUUGGUCCCUUUUAUGAAUAAAAAAAAAACACUUUCCAGUGUUGAAAGGAAAAUGCAUGAUGAAAGAAAACAUCAGUAUAAAUGUUCCAAUUUAAUAGGUGUUCUUGUUUGUUUGUUUGUUUGUUUGUUUGUUUGUUUGUUUUAGAGAAGUCUAUCAUACAAAGCGAAUGCAGCAUGUCAUUACUGUUAAAUGGACAUCUGACAACAAAUAUAUCUUGUGUGGCUCUGAUGAAAUGAACAUUCGUUUGUGGAAAGCUAAUGCUUCUGAAAAACUUGGUGUGGUAAGUAAAUUCAAAUUAUAUUUUAAAAAGUGAAUUAAGGUGACAAAAUUAUAUUUAUGUAUUUAAAAUGUUGAUCUCUCAUUUGGCUUAGUUGUAUGCAUGAUAAUCUUUCAUUGCAACUAGCAUGCCUUGAGUUUGCUCACAUAUUAUGUUUACCAUAUAUUAUGGUAUAUAUUUCUAUCAAUUUAAUAUAACUGUUCAGUGGCUCAGUUCACACGUACAGCUAAGAGCAAACCAUGUGUUAGCAUGAGGCUGUGGGUUCUCAGAGAGGUUAUUGCUGCCACUGCAGUCCUCCCCCAUUUCCACGGCAGUACCUGGGGCUCCGGCUCUUUGUUUUCUCCAGAUUGUCUCCUCCAGAUUUGUUGGGAGCGAGACAAAUGAUAAACCUGAGUUUUUUAUGACACAUUAAAUCAGACUGGUUUAGCACUGGCUAAUGCAGCAGUAGGACUGGGGGAGGAGCGCAGAAGUAGCUGUUUGGCUAAAUGCUCCUCAAGAGAGUAGAGUUGAUCAUUCAGCUCCAUGCUCAUGUGAUACUGCCAAAGAUUAAGCUUCUGAAGAAAAAAAAUGCAAUAAUAUUUAAUGCAUAGGAAGUUUCCUGCAGGCUAAACCUUUUUUUUUCUUUAAAGAAACCAAUAUGAAUAAGAGGAGCUUCUCCAUCAUUGCAGAAUUCUCCUCUGUCAGAGAUGCACUGCACAAUUUCACUUGACGUUUGGCUUAGACCUAAAUACACUGCUUAGGUUGUGGCUUUCAUAGUUGAUGAGUGUUUAUUUGACUGGUAGUUGUACUUUGACACUGAGGCUGCUCAAGUAUUCAUCAUUUCUGACAUUCAUGUUUCCUUUGCUUCAUUAAUGUAUUUGGCGUUGCACUCAUUACGUAAAAUCAGUGGAACACUCUAGCAAGAACAGCAUCUCUGCAGGAGCCAGAGGCGCUUACCCUGUCUACACUCCACUGACGAUUAAGCCUAUGAUAUUCUGGGUAACUGUGGUGGAGAUAAAUGACAUCUAGUUGUUACAGCUGCAGGAGAGUGUUCUUUAAAAAGGACUGUGCUGCUUUCCAAAAUAGAAACUUUACAUUUCUGCAUCUAUGUAAUGCAGACUUUGUGAAAGCAAGUCUGCUUUUACAUUGCAAAAGUUGUACGCGAUUGAAUAAGUUACAUGAGAUGGGCAUUUUAAAUAUCUAAUGGGGUGCACCUGAUACAAUUUAGACACGCUGCACGUUAAUCUUGGGUAUCUUCUUCACAAAGAGAAAGCUACAGUUGUGGUCAUGAUAAUGUAAAUGAACUAGUAAUUACGAGUAUUUACUCAUUGUAAUGUUUUGUAGAACUCUCUUGGAUUGUAUAACAAUUAGUAUGGGGUUUAGUAACUCAACGAGCUUUUAUAGCCCAGUCCUUUUGAGCUUCUGUCUGAAGUAGUAGCAUAUAAGCACAAAUAUAAUAUUCGAAGUGCUAGUGUGAGGCCUCUGCUUCUGUCUUUGCUAUAUAAUAACAGGAAUCAUCUUUAAUCUUGGAUCAUAGUCUCACCCUUAAGCCCAGGACAGCCCUCAAAGCUGAUGCUUUGGAGGAAUUUACUUUGGCCUGUUUGUGCUAACAAGAGCAAGUUGUCAAUAUGCAUUGAACUGAGGUCAGCGAAGUGAUGAUACAGUUGUGCAUUUGCUUUUAAAAAGAGAGAUAUUGAGAUUUCUGUUCUAGGUGUUUAUAACAUGAUGGGGCUAUGAACAUAAUGUGAAUAUCAGGUGCAGUUCAUGCCUAAUCCCGAGACAUGCCCCUGGCUUCUGCUCUACUGCCAUUUUGUGAAAAUUCAUGCUAUAUUUUAUAUUAUACUGACCUUAGUAUGAAUGCCCCUCAUCAUGGAUGUUACCCUGUCACUUUUCCUCCUAUUCCAAGCUCCCUUCCCUCUCCUCCCCUUCCUGAUUUUGCACACAUUCACCUACGCAGUAAUUCAGGAGUGCUGUGCAUAUAAACUCACAAUAUUGUUUUUGUCUGCAGAAGGAGCAGGGUUCUAUCAGCAACCAUUUUUUAAAGUAAUUGCCUUUAAUUAAAAUGAAAGCCUUUUAAUUUGGAUUGCAUUGACAAUUUGCACUGCAGGAAUGCCUGGAAUGUAUUGCUGACUAAACAAACUAUUAUGGGAUGUCUUGAGAUAAUGACCAAGGAAAAAUAUCGCAUGUAAUUUGUAAAGGAUUACUGUAUUUCAUUCCUGUAAAUGUCUGCUAACAUUGAUUCAAUUCAAUAUCUUAUAUUUGAGAGCUAAGACAACUCCAGCUGGACAUUUGUAUCAAAUGUUUUCCUCUAGAGCCCCAAAAGAUGACUUUCUUUAUUCGUGUAUGUUGGUGAAAUCAUUAGGGGUUUGGCAUCGAGAUGCUUAGGUUUUGACUCUAUAGGUGAACAACCCCCCUCCCAUUAAUUCAUUAGACCUUUUUAUAGAUAUAGAAGGAAAAAAAUUAAGGUGUCCAGGAAGAGAGGCUAAUUGAAACCGUCCUACUCAAUUAAUAAAAUAAGCUAUACCUAACUAAGCAGCUGAGUAGAAUGGGCUUCUGCUUCCUUGAUUCCAGCAAAAAAAUAUUCCUACUCUAAAACACUGGAGUGAUUAAAUUCUGCGUAGAUUGCCGGUAAAGUGAUAACAAAUAGGCAGCCAUUUUAUAAAGUAUGGCAAACUUAAAUAAUAAAUAUGUACAUUCUUGCAUCAACUUCAGGUGCAAGUAUUUAUCCAUUUGCGAUUGGAUCUAAAGGUGACCUUCAUAGAUGGACUUUGAUCCAGUUGUGGUACUUGCUAACAAAAUUGGGCAGAAUGUGACUUCUAGUUAUUUCCCCUGCAGCUUUCUAUCCACAUCAUCUCCCACACUGAAGAGGGUUCUUCAACCCUCUGGGGCAAAAUUUCAGGCGGAAGCAGGGAUCUGUAAAAGUCACCUCUUCUCCCCACUCCUUCCAUUAGUGGGUGCUGUGAGUGGAACUCUCCUCACAGGGUUAUUGGAGACCUAAGAUGCCUGAUGAAAAAUCCAAGGAAAAAAAUGGGUCAUGUUAAUGCUUGUGUUGGACUGAGCAACUUGGAGAUGGUAGCUAGUAUAUAAGUAAGAUGUGUUCCCAGAAUGGUUUUAGUUAGCACUUUUAAGCAGACUUACUUGAAAACAAGUUCUACUAGUUCUUGGUUUUUCUGAGCGUCCAAUAAGCUUUGACUACAUUUUUGCCCAUUUCUGUUCCACUGCUAUUGGAACGAACUAUUUAUUUAUUGAAUUUCUAUACCGCCUUUUUGCCUAGGCACACCAGGAGUUUUACAGUUACACAGUUUUGCCACUCACUCAUCUGCAGUUAAAAAUGAAGCAUGAACAGCCCCAUUCCUCCAGCCCUCCUCCUUCCUUCUCACGAGGCAAAUUAUGUUUUUUGGCAAAUGGCAGGGAGGGGGUAGUUUGCCUGGCAUAGGCCCUGAUGGUAUCUCUGCUUCCCUCUGAAAUAGACAAUUAAUCCACUCCAGGGACUACUUCAUAUUUGCUGCCUCUUCUAAUGGGCAGGGUGAUUGCAGUUAAUUGGAGGGUUAUUUAACAUGUGAUGUUUUAUUCCUUCUUACUACUCUUUCUGUCCCCUCAACCUGAAUAGUCCACUUGUGGGGGAUGGGAGAAGAAUAUACAGUUUCUAGUACAUCUUUUAAAGAAUCCAGAUUCUUUUUCUCUCAUGCUUGCACAGUGUGGAUUGCACAAUUUUAGCUGAUAUUUGCCAGGUUCUUGGAGAUCUGGCAGUGACAGUUUUGUACCUGUUAGCAGACACACGGGAACCAACAAUACUUCUUGUGGAAUUGCACACUUCUAAAACUGUUCUGUCUUGCUUUAUGGAAUAAGUCAUCUUUACCACCUGCUCAGUUUUAACACCAGGGUCUGUUUCUGUAGCUUCUUCCUCGGGAAAAAGCAGCUAUGAACUACAAUGAGAAAUUGAAAGAGAAAUUCCAGCACCACCCCCAAAUCAAACGUAUAAGUCGCCAUCGACACUUGCCAAAGAUGAUCUACAGCCAGGCCAGAGAGCAACGCAUCAUGAGAGAAGCUCGUCGGCGAAAGUAUGUUACUUCUUAACUUUACUUUGUUAAAUUACAUGUUAUAUUGGGCCAUUCUUUCAGUUAGCCCAGCAACACUUUUGAAUAGAUUUAGAGGAAACUUGCUAACUUGAAGAGCAGUUCAGUUUACUCUUUUCUAUUGAAAUUUUACCAAAAUGAAAGAAAUCUGUACAGGAGUCUAUUGGCAAGCUUUAAUUAUUUUAGUUGGACUAGAUGAUGUAUUGGUUCUUGCAAAUGAUUCUGUAACAUUUAUUUGUUAAUUUAAGCAAUUAGAUUGCAUGAGGCAAUGGGGUGGAAAGGGAAGGCAAAGUGGUGGUAAAUACUCACGUUCAAGAAAAAAGGAACAGGUGGUUUCUCCAUGGAACAAAAUAGACGAUCCUUAGAAAUAGUAGAGAACACUAUAAAAUACAUUAUUCAGUUUUGUUUUAAUUGAAUCUGUUGCCUAAAAGAAGCAACUCAAAAUGAGUUUCUGCCCAAGUUUAUGAUCUAGCAGCCAGUUAGUGAUUUUCCAAACACAGUAGGGCAUUUUCAGUAUAUUGUUUUUUAGAAGCAAUGUAGAGUAUGGUCAGUUAAGUACUUUGUUUUUUAAAUAAAAUUAUACCCCUUGUGGCUGAAAUAAUCUAAUUUUGAUGUUUCUUAUUUUAGGGAAAUGAAUCGCCGGAAACAUAGCAAGCCUGGAUCUGUACCGCUUGUGUCAGAGAAGAAGAAACACAUUGUAGCUGUAGUGAAAUAAUAGUUUAUAUAAUGCCUGUUUUAUUGGUUGAAUUCUUAAAGACAAUGUGCACAUCCUUUUACUUUUACUUUUUAAAUGUCUCUAUUACUAUUGUAAUGUUUGGAUUUUGCAUUAAAAAGGCAUUUAAAAUUUUAUAUCUAGAUAUGCUACUGAUAUAGUUUAGGUUAAUUUUGUGACCCCCAGUAGCAUUUCAUUCUGUUGUACCUUCUGUCAAUCCAAUUUUGUGUCACCUGAAAAAGAGACACAGUGUUGUAUCCACUGCCAAAAAGGAUGAACAACUUCACUAUGCAACAAGCAGCUUUCCCUUUACUAGAGACUACAUAAGCAUUCAGCAUGUAAUUUCUAAAAUCCUAUGAAGAGUUCUUCAUAGGCUAGAUAAUUUAGGAAACCCUAGUGUUAUGACACUUGCCUGUGUUUCCUUACUGCACCCACCAACAUAAUUGGGCAGUUAUCAAUAUGUGAUAUUAAAACAAAGAUUUGUGUUGAAUAGUAACUUUGUAGUUGCCUAAUUUAAAGCCUGAAAUUUCUAAACUGGAACAGAAAAAAUAGACAUAACCAUUUUGAAUGUGAUUAACAGCAAAAUGUUGAUACCUGUUGUACGUCUAGUUACCGUAUUUUUCGCCCCAUAGGGCGCACCGGCCCAUAGGGCGCACCUAGUUUUUUGGGGGGGAAAUAAAGAAAGAAAAAUUAUUUCCCCCCCCCCCCCAGGCGCGGGGCUGGGGCGGGGGAAGCCCGAGCUUCGCCAGCCCCCAGAACAGGCUGCUAUCCGCAAGCCUAGGGAGCCCGGCGGGAAGUUGCGCUGGUCUCCCCAGGCUUGCGGAUAUCUGCCCGAAGCCCGGGGCGCGCUGCUCAGCUCACCCCAGGCUUCGGGCAGCAGGCUGAUAUCCACAAGCCUAGGGAGCCCUGCGGGAACUCCCGCGGGCUCCCCAGGCUUGCGGAUUGCUUCCUGAAGCCUGGAGAGUGAGAGGGGUCGGUGCGCACCGACCCCUCUCAGUCUCCAGGCUUCAGCGAAAGCCUGCAUUCGCCCCAUAGGACGCACACACAUUUCCCCCUCAUUUUUGGAGGGGAAAAAGUGGGUCCUAUAGGGCGAAAAAUACAGUACUUUUAUUGGAACAUGAUCAAGACAAAAUUAAGAACUUAUUCACAUCAAUUUCAGUUUAAGAGCUAAGCAAGAUCUGAACGUCUUUAUUAUAAUCAGUGGAGCUUUUAAAAGUUAAUUGACUGGCAGGAUCAGGUCUUUUAUUUAUUUAUCUGUUUGAAUUUUUAAAAUAACUAAGUUUGCUCUUGAAAGAGAGUGAAAUGUUAACCAAGCCUCAGGGAACAGCUAACAGUAAAUUAAAGUUGCUUUAAUCUUAUGGUCUCUGGGAAUUGUGGACCUAUGACCCCAGUAGGAUAUUGUGGACCUUCUUGAUGAGUAGGGAAGAAGGUCUGCCCCCAGAGGCCACAUUAAUGCAGAUGUAGAAACCUGAGUAGCUGAGCUCCUUGUAUGUGGGUGGUGCAUUCAUGAUGGCAGUCGGGAAUUAUAGUUAUUCAGUAUGAGCAUUGCAUUCAGAGUGCUCUUGAGCAGAUACUUCAGCCAUACCAGGAAUGUUGUCUGUUUUCUAGACACCUGCCAGUCUGGUAUGGAGGUGUAAGAUCAGAUCCCUGCUCUGCUUUGGAAAUGGGCAGAAUGGAGGAGAAGGUGUGAAAUGAAGUACAUAUUGAGUCUACUUAACUAAGCAAAAGAAAGCUAACUUCAUGUUUACUGUGUGAUUCAUUUGUUGCCCUCUGAAUUUGUUACCUGAGUUAUAGCAGCAUAGUUCAUCAUUAAGUGGCCAGAUAGAAUUGGCUCUAAGCUCAAUGUUGUAGAGAUCAAUUAAAUCAACUCGAAAUUUUGUUUAUUAUAAAUUAAGAGUAUUAUACUAAUGGCUUUUCAAGAAAGAUGUGAGAGAAGCCGUGGUUCUGUUUACACUCUUGUAGCUCUUCAAUUUCGGCGUGAGAUAUUUAGAAAAUGUGAAGACUAUUUUUCAGUCACAGCCAUGUUGAAAGCAGAGAAAACUGGGGAGAAGCAAAUAAGUUAAAUCAUUUAACAGAUUCUUUUUUGUAGAGGGAGAAGUAAAUUGGGAGUUUCCUUCCUCAAAGUGUUUAACGAUAAGUCUUCCUUGAUUUGGCUCACAUGUUCAGCUUUUAAGUACUGUAAAUAGCCUGCACGCAAUAGACUUCACCACUUGCAAGAUGUGUUGUGAGGCUAGUUUAAAGUAGAUUGCGAAGAACUUUAGAAAGUAUUGUGGUGGAAUGUCUGUGUGGAAUUGAAAACCUAUAAAGAUACUUCAAAAUAAAAUCCAGGAGCAGGACCCAGUAAAAAUUCUGCCCUACUCAGAUUUUUCUUGAAAAAUUCACAUAGACUAUUUGUGAUGUCCUCCAUAGGAAUAAUUCAGUAAGUACUCCUGAGACAGAAAGUACUGAUCCCAUAUUGUUGCAUCUCCAAGUAAUGCUGGAAAAGAAACUGAAACACUUGAAGAAUCUCUGCCAAUCAGUGAAAUCAGUGGGAAAUGGACCAGUAGCCUGGCUUCAUUUAAGGCAGACUUUGUUUCUGUGAUUUCUGCAAUAAUUUAAACCGUCUGGGGGGCAUCGAUUGAUACUAAACUGGCCAAACAUUUACUAACAGUUGCCUUGCUUUCUGCUUGUAGUUAUGGCUCACAAAAUAUCUGUGCAGUUUCCUCCGCAAAUGAUCAUCAAGCCCUGUGGUGAUGGCCUGGAACUUUGCAUUGUGUGUGCUAUUCAUUACCUACUUCCAGUUCUAUCAGUUGCUACUUAUUCCCUGUGUCGAGUCAUAGUGAGCUAUAAUCGGCUUCUCUAGGAGAAGUGUUUCUAAUUGUGGGAUUGGGUUAACGAUCUGUAUCUGAGCCUUCAGCAAGGAGCUUCUUGCAUCUUAAGUGACAGGAGUAGGAUCAGCAUGGUCCUAAGUGCUAAUUUUUCUGAAGAGAGCCUAAUGGGUGCAGAGCUCUGCAGAGGAUUUUAUCCAUAGGAACAAAAGACCUGAAGAAGGAAGGGGACGUUGACCAUAGGAAAAUGCUGCAUCGUAGAUGAGAUGGAAGUAGCACAUCAGCAAAUUUCUUUACCAGACUGUGUUGAUGACAGGAAAUGAUUUCUCAUGCCAUAAGCAUUCAGGACACAAUAAGCCAAAAUUAUUUUUCCUACAAAGCAAGUAAUCUAGUUUUUAAAAUUGAAGGAGAAACAUUUAAUUGGUACAGCUGGAUAAAUAAAGGUGUAUUUAUAGAUAAGCUAUUUGAGGAAUAGAGCCUGUUGGUUUUUUUUGAACUAGUUAAGGCAAAAAUUUAACCUUUGUGAGCAAAUCCAUGGACAAUAUUUGCAGCUGCAUCUUUUUGCAAUAGAGUAUUUGCAAUCAGAAAAUACUGGGAUGUUUCUGAUAAACCCGUGUUUCAAAAUAAUCCUUCUCUUUCUGGUUGUCUCUGAAGCUCCAAAAACAUCAGCGAAAAAAGCAUAGAGUAAAUAACUGCAUUAAAAUGGCAAUCUCAAAAUGUAGAACAAAAUGGCAUGCAUUUGUUGGGAAAGUUUAUGUAAAGUAUCUCUUUUUCAAAUAUUUUAUUCAAAUAUAUGAAAGUAAAAGGAUUUCUCAGUAUAAUAUAUACACGUUUGGGGGUUUUGUUUAUUGUUUUGCAUUUUUUGCUCUGCCCAUGUUUGCCUCUGGCCACACACAUCACUGGUAUGUGGCCCCCAGAAGGGUUCCCAUGAGGUAAUGUGGCCCUUGGGCUGGAAAAGUUCCCCCAUGCCUGGGUUGAUUUAUUUGAACAGCAUAUAAUGUGACCCCAGGGAAGUGCCUCUAUAUACACACACACCAUAGUUAACAUUUCUUGGUGUUUCUGGUUUCUGAAGAAAACCAUGUAAGUCUGAAUCAACUUUAUGGUCAAUGCUGCCCUUUUGCUCUGUGCUGAGAGAAUAAUCAGAGCAAACUCACUUCAAUAAAAUGAGAAUUAGCAAACUUACAGGAACAUGACUAAAGUGGUGCUCUUCAAAGUGCCAAAGCUCAGAUUACAGGAAUUCAUCAUAUCCAUGAAUCAGAUAGCAUUGGUCUUGCAGUGUAAUUCUACCUAAAUUAUGUUUGUCAGUUGAGAAUGCCAAAUUAAAUGCUGUUUUGUCAAAAUU